AUGACCUCACAGGACGAGGAAGAUCCCUCUUAUAUCGACUAUGAGGCCUUCCUGGCCCCCGACUUCAAGCCCUCAGCAUUUGCCAACACGCUCGUGCUGUCCACCAACAACCCCAACGACACUCCCCUCGACCUGAGCACGCCCCUGUCCCGGGUCCUCUUCGACACGCAGGAGGUCGACUCCCACAUCGAUGUCUUGACGACCAAGUCUGCUAUUCCACUUCUUGAACACACCGACAGUCAGACCAAGUCAAGCAAGCGCAUUGUUUCCGAGCUCGACGCACAGAUCAAGUCUCUGAACGACAGUUACAAGCAGCUUGAGAAGGACGUCAUCAACAAGCAUGCCGAGGCCGACGAGGUGCGCCAAGUCGCCAUGCGCCUUUGGGAAACCCUGAGACUGGGACGCUCUGUCGGACGAUGCUUGCAACUGGGACGCCAGCUUGAAGUCCAAUACACAGAGAUUGCCGGGUCGAGCAUCAGUGCCGCUGCAGCUGCAGCUGGCAAGAGGGAGGACCACAGGGCAUUAGUCCGCUGCGCACACACCAUAUUGUCUCUACGGGAGGUCUUCGACGCGACAGCUCCCGGCGAGGAGGGCCAUGGUCUUCAUCGUGUGGACGCGAUCAAGAGUCUCCGUGAGAACACUGUCACCCCGCUGGAACGCUCCGUGAAAGAGACGGCUGAGCGCAUUGUGCGUGACUUCUCUGUUCCAGACAUGGCAACAUUUGCCCAGAGCGAGGACAUCAAAUCCCGUACCGUCUCUGCCAUGACUACGCUGUACCUACUGUCGCCCACGAGCCAGGCGCAGCCCAAGCCCGAAAAAUGGACACCUGUUCUCCUUCUGCAGGCACUCGAGACGUACUUUCGAACCGCCCUCUCCAGCUCCAUAGCAUCUUUAGCGCGCGCCCUCAGUCAGCUGCCGAAUCUCGACCGCACGCUUGCCGAGAUUACCGCUCGUUGUCAGAACAUCGUGGCGCUCGAAUUGGUGCUGGAGAGUACGAGGCCGCCUGCGCAUCCCCUUGUGCAAAUCGAGGGCACCCAGGCCAAGGCGUCAUCAAACUUGCUGCAGCCUCUUCUGGCGCAUCUUGAAACCGGGAGCCUGCCAUCGUACUUUUGGAGAACGAUGGCGAGCAGUCUGGGAACUAGGGUCCAGGAUAUCAUGAACCGCGGUGGCGUGUCGGCACGAACUCUCAAGACAAAUAAGCAAGGCGUCGGAGAGGCCGUUCGAGAAUGUGUCGUCAAGGGGUGCCGAGCGCCAAGCGCCAUGAAGGGCAAGGGGGAGAAGGCUAGAGAAGGUAGUUGGGAGAGGGAGGUGGCCGUCAUGGUAGGGAGCGUGGUGAAUAACCUCGGAAGGUGA